GGAAGCUAUGGGAUAGAUGGAAUCUUCGAGGACUCAUUAUUAUCAGUCUCUCACUGCAAGCCUUCUUAAUUAUGUUUGCAUCAUCAAGAAAACGAAGAGGUGGAUGGAAAAUUGUCAUGUUAAUCUGGUCAGCUUAUCUGCUUGCGGACUGGGUUGCUACAGUUGCCAUUGGACUCAUCUCUAGCGGCCUUGGACUCACCCCCAUCAGUCAGGCUAACACGUCGACUAGCCGUGAAAGCAAUGACAUCUUGGCUUUUUGGGCACCAUUUCUUUUGCUGCAUCUUGGUGGCCCCGACACGAUUACCUCUUUCGCCCUAGAGGACAACGAGUUGUGGGUGAGGCACAUGCUCGGGCUUGCAUUACAGGUUCUUUCUACCGUCUAUGUCUUCCUUCAGUCACUCCCAAAGAACAUUCUGUGGCUUCCUUCCGGGUUCAUGUUUAUUGCAGGAAUAAUCAAAUAUGCAGAGCGGAAUCGUGCUUUGUAUCUUGCAAGCUUGAAUCAUUUUGGAGAAUCUGCAUGUAGGAAGCCAAACCCCGGCCCUGAAUAUCAAAGGAUUCAGAAGAUGUACUCUUCAAUCAGACGAGCUCACCUUCCAGCACAAACACGAAAUAUAAGAAGACCAGAGAUUUCUGAAAACAUGGAGUACCUAGAAGGCCAACCAGUAGAUGACUCUGAUUCAAGGGCAAUAUUAAGAUUUGCAUUUGAGUUCUUUGAUACUUUCAAGGGGUUAAUUGCAGGACUUCUUCUUAGUCCACAAGAACGCCAUGUGAGCCGAGAAUUUUUUCUCAACCGAAAUUCAAAAUACGUGAUCCAAAUCAUAGAGAUUGAGCUGAGCAUUUUGUAUGAGGUUCUUCAUACCAAGGUGCAGGUGGUACGAUGUAAAACUGGAUACAUUUUCCGCAGUAUUAGUUUUUUUUGCAUCUUGGGUGCCUUCUUCUCAUUCUUCUUUGUUAAGAAGCAUUCGUUCCGAAUGUUUGACAUCAGGCUAAGCUACGGUUUACUGAUUGGUGCUAUGGUAUUGGACUUCAUUUCUCUCAUCUUUGUCAUUUUAUCUGACUGGACUGUUCGUGGCCAGUAUUGGGGCAAGGGGGCCGAAUAUAUAGCAUCUAGAGUUAUCAAUAGGCGCAGGUGGUCUGGAUCUGUGUCUCAGUACAAUUUUUUUACUUAUUGCCUAAAUGAUUAUCCAGAAUGGAUAAACAAAUUGGCCGAAGCUCUGCGCUUGGGGAGCAUCUUGGAAGUCAUUAAUGGAAUGCGACAUCGGUCCUCCGAGGAAUUCAGAAAAGAUCGAGAAUGGCGCUUCAUUUUUAAAGAACUGAGGAAAAAGUCUCAGAAUGCCAAGACCGUGGCGGAGGGUAAGAGGAUUUGUUUAAAGAGAGGGGAUGGAAUUCUCAGCAAAUGUGAAAAUGAGAAUGUUAGGCGGAGCAUUCAGGAUUUUGAAUACACGGAAAGCCUUCUAAUGUGGCACAUUGCGACAGAGUUAUGUGACGAAGACGAAGCUGAGGUCGAGUUAUGUGACGAAGACAAAGCUAAGGUCUCGUUAUGUUUCGAAGACAAAGCUAAGGUCGAGUUAUGUGACGAAAAGAAAGCUGAGGACGGGCAUUCAUCUGAGAAUAUUGAUUAUAAAGCAAUAUGCAAGUUACUUUCGGAUUAUAUGUUUUACCUUCUGAUGAUCCAGCCAACAAUGAUGGCCCCAGUGUCCGGUAAUUGGAAAUUGGUAUUCCAAGACACAUGUGCAGAGACCAAGAGAUUCUUGUCUGAACAUCCCGUUUCAACUACAGAGGAGGCCUGCGAAGCGAUCCGUAAAGUGGGAGCAAAAAUGAAGCCUAGGGCUUUAAAAGGUGGAGAAAGCAAAUCGGUAUUGUUUGAUGCAGGAAUCCUCGCUGGCGAACUCCAGAAGUUGAAGGGUGAGCGAUGGAAACUGAUGAGCAAAGUUUGGGUAGAAUUCAUGUCCUAUGCAGCAAUUAAUUGUAGGGCAAAUGUCCAUGCGCAGCAACCAAGUAACGGGGGCGAACUUCUGACUUUCGUUUGGUUAUUGAUGAAUCAUUUGGGAUUGGGAACUCAAGUUUCGGAAGAUGAAGCAGUUAGAUUGAAGUUUGUUGUGGGAAAGUGAAUCAAAAUGAAACUGUAGAAGUUGAUUUUGUGUCUCUUCCUCUCAUCUGUCUUUGUUUGGGACCAAAUGAAAAUGAUGGGUUAUA